AUGGGAAAAAAGAAGGCGGAAAGGGAUAAGGAGCUGUCACUUACCGACAUGUUGGGCUCCGCUCCCCCAGGAAGUGUGCCCGUGCAGAUGCAGCACGGGUAUGGAACAGCGAAUGCGCAACCGCGGGGUGGGUUGGCCGCUGGUCAGGCACCACCAGGGCAACCACCGCCAGGGAAUUAUAUGUUAGUUGGUCCCGGGGGAAUGGCCCCAAACGUCCGGCACUUGUCGCGAGGAGACCCAAGGCUCGUUAGUCAGCAAUCCCCACUUAGAGUUGCUGAGGGAAUGGACCCACGCUUCUGUCAACCCCAAAUGCGACCAAUGACUUUCAGGCAGGACCCGUCUCAGGUCCAACCUUACAACCCGGGGGCUCCGGCACCUCUUUCCAGGAGCGGCAUUUUGAUGCACCCAGGUGGUAUGAUUCCUGCUUCGCAGCCUCCACUGCACCAGAACACGCAUUUGUACCCUUACAUAAACAACCAGCGUCAAACUAUGCCUUUACAACCCCAGCAGGGAUCCGCUGCUCACGGUCCCGUUGCACCACCCCCAUCCACCACAAAUACCACCGAAGACAAAGUGGAGCAGGAGUCUGCUCCAACAGAAUCAUCCGCUUCAAAGAAGUCAAGUUCAAAGGGAGUAUGGGGAUCCGUGAAGGGGAUAUUUAAUGUGUUCAAGAAGGGAAACAAAAAGGGGAAUGCGGAGCAACAGCAGCAACAAGAAGAGGCAUCAGCGCCGGCGGCACGAAAUCACAACACGAUGCUACAACAGCCUGUAGCGGACCCCGAGCAGCGGUUCCGCUCAAACAUGCUGGCGAACGCCACACCAGGAACAAGUUAUGUCGAUCCUACGAAACACUCUCAAUCUGCUAAUGCAACACCCUUUAGGCAAAGGGUCAUGCAAAGUGGAAGCGGUGGCACGGGUGGGGCAUCGCCUUUGCGUCAUACUGCUGACAUGACGCAGAGCAGGACACUGCCGGCAGCCGACACACCUUGUUCCAGUGGGAAACGAAGAUCCAACCCCGUUUCCUCCCGGGAGAUCCAGUCCGCCUCUCACGAGAAAAACCAAACGAACAAAAGGAGGCAGAAGGAUGAGGGAGCGACAGCCUCUUUAUCUACAACAAGAGCUUUAGAUGAUGACAGCAGCAGCAGUGACGGACUCAGUGCUGUUGGUAUUGGUAAUCAGCGCAACCGCAACGCGCAGCUGAAACCCAUCAUGUCCAUGCCGGUGCCCCGCCCCCGUAACUCCGAUUCAGAUUCGGACUCCGAGGAGGUAGACGCGAAGGCCAAGAAGCGGGCAACAGUAGAGAUCCCGACGACCACGGAGAAAGUAAAAAAGUCAGACGAUCGCCGCGGUAUGACUGGUCGAAAUCAGGAAAGUAGCGCAACGCAGGCACCGAGACGUGCUGAUAAUGUUGAACCUGUUGUCAAAGAAGCUCCAGCUGAGGCCAAAAGUUUGGAAACCCCCGCACCUUUCGCAAAUCAUGCGGCGCCAGUAAAGGGCACCGCCCCAAUGAAAACGAAGCACGAAGAAACUCAGCCUACUAAGGAACGCAUCCCCUCCCCUGCCGUCACCCCCAAAGAAACUCCAACACCACCCCAGCCCGUGGUUAAAAGUGGUGUUGGCACAGGGGCAUCCACAACGGGAAGUGGUGUAACUUCUUUUCAAAAGAAAGAGACAGUAAGUAAUGAUGUGUCACCCACUGUCAACACCUCUAGAGCGGGGGCGGGAAGGGUAAUCCGAGAAAUUCAGAAGGCCAAGAGUCCCGAACCGAAUAGAAAACAUGCCACAGAUGAGCGAGAACACGGCGGCACGCGGGGAGAGGAUAAGCGGUCCACGCAUCCCCCACGUUCCCACCACGGUGAAAUAGCGUCCGAACGAGGUGAGGAGGUCCUACGGGAAGUAAAGAGCACGGCAACGAACUGCAGGGAACCAAAUCGCAGUCCGUCCAGCUCGGGCAAAAGAGCCACACCAGUAGGAGCCAACGAUCGUCACAGUCGCGGUCGUACUAAGGAAAGGGAAAAGGACACUUCGAGUCCGGUGAAGAAACCUUCGCCACGGCGUAAGCCUUCAGCUUCCAAAUUGGUUGAUUGCCGUGUAGGGCAGAAUAAGAAACGGAGGCCACCGCAACCCGACAGCAGCGAAGACGAGAGGGAAGAGGAAGAAGACAGUGACACCGACAGCGAUGCAUCCGUGGAAUCAUAUUCGGGAGAUAAAUGUGACAAGGGGGGAACUUCACCAGACAAGCAUGGUGGGCAUCAGCCAGGCCACACGCACGGUUACACCGACAGGGGGCAACGUAGGACUAAAGCGCAUGGGCGUAGCCGUGGUGCCUCCCAUAACGAUCGUUCCUCUUCGCCAUCCUCUAUAUUCCGUGCAACAGACGUGUACAAGUUGUACUUUCUGCUUAAGCAAGAGAUGGAAGAAUCGCGUAGGCACAAGUCCUCUCGCUUAACCUGCAUGAGGACGCCGACCAGGCGAGCACUCCACGGCGGCCGUUGCACCGGAUACAUGCACGAAGGGGAAGAAAGGAGGUCCCCGUGGAGGCACGGCAGAGGUUGUUUGGACUUCCUGUUGCCCGGUGCUCCUCCUCCGUCUUCGAUGGGGUACGUCAGUGGUGGAAGAAGGAGGUCCUCGCGCUCAAUGAGCACCAGAGACAACUACACGAGCGACCGGUGUCGCUCCAGUGAUUCGGGCCGGGCAGACCGCCCACGUCGCGCGUCACACACAUUCGACCGCUCACCCAGUUGUUGCUGUUGCCGCUCAACCUGCACGCACAGGUGCAGCCAUAUGGCACGUAGACGUAGCCACGCCCGCGGCGACGGUGCAGCUGACCUGCAUAAAAAUCUGAGCCAGCGAAAGGCGAGCCAAAUGCAAGAACGGAGACUAUCUGCCGAGCCCAAAGAUGAGACACGGGACUCGACACGCAAGGGAAGGGGAACCCGUGCAGCUGAGAGUGGUCAUAGUAGCGCGGAGAGACGCAGAACACCAGCCGGCAUGGCUGCAGCCCCAUCAGAUGCUGACGGUUUGAAACGAGACCGUAACCUGAAGGCACCAGCGAGGGUCAUCGACGCAGAUGGAUGCAUAUCUUCCACAGUGCCCCCCGACAAGAAACUUUCCACAAACGUUUCUCCGUGCAAGCCGUCAGUUUUCGAGACACAACGGGAAACUUGCAGGUCACCUAGUAAGGAAGAAUCGCAACGCUCGCGUAGACAAUGUGCUGAAAAGCUCCACGUGAGCGAUGAGCGUAUUAGUGGUCGCGUGCCCGGCUCUCUGUCCACCUCAGCCUCGUGGAUGGAUGACGCGCCGACAGGAACCUCUAGAAAGACCGGGCCGGAAGGCAGUGAUCCCUCAGCAGCCACCACCGAGCGAAAUGUGGGCGGCGUUGCCAUUCCCGUAGUAGACCUCCGCUGGGCGUUUAGGCCUCGCAGCUCAUCAAGCGCCGGGUCCAAUACUCCGGUUAGGAAUGUUCGGGCACCACAUGCUUCCAACUUCAGCGCUGCCCACGACCGGCGGCGGGAUCGAACGGGUCCAACGCCAUCGAAAAGAACGGAUCCUGCGCGCAGUAUGAGCGUAAGCUCAUGCGGUGGCACCCGUCGCACGGCAGAUGUGACAAGGCUGCUACUAAGGGAGCUUUCGUCCACGUCGGCGAGAAGAAAAUCAACGUGGCAGCCAACACGAGCGUUUAGCUGUUCAGGGCGGCAGGAUACAGGAGAUUCCCCUCUACUGCGCCGCCGGAGUAUAAGGCGGACAAUAUCACAGGAGGGGAAAAGGAAUGAGGACACAUCGUCAACCUCCGUAGUGGUUUUAGAGGAGGUAAAGCUGGACGAGCAAGGCAGGCCGUAUGUCCUAAUCCGAGAGAUACCGCACGGGCCCAAAGCCGUAGAGGCGCAGCGCUGCUUGUCGGAGCGCCUGUCGCAGCCAAAGUUCCGGCGAACACGGCCCGGCAGUGUCGGAGUGUAA